AUGUCUCUGCGCUCACUCUUCGUAGCUGCCUUGACCACUCUGGCAAUGGCAGCACCUGCUUCCGAGAUCCAGGCCCGUCAAGGCAUGACCUCCAACGAGCUCGAAAGCGGCGCUUGUCGUGAUGUGACUUUCAUCUUCGCUCGAGGCUCCACCGAGCAGGGCAACAUGGGUUUCAUCGUGGGACCCGGAGUCUGCAGCUCGCUGAAGAGCGAUCUGGGCUCCGACAAGGUCGCCUGUCAGGGUGUGGGAGGGGCAUAUACCGCACAAUUACUUCCCAACUUCCUUUCUCAGAACACGGAUCAGGCAUCCAUCGAUGCAGCCACGGAUAUGUUCAAUCUGGCCAACACCAAGUGUCCGAAUACGAAGAUUGUGGCUGGUGGAUACAGCCAAGGUUCUGCCGUCAUAGACAAUGCGAUUCAGGCGCUUGACAGUGAUCUCGAAGCGAAGGUCAAGGGAGUGGUCCUGUUUGGAUUCACCCGUAAUGUGGUCGAUAAGGGACAAAUCCCGGGUUAUCCCACGGACCAGACCAAGAUCUAUUGCGCCUUUGGUGACCUGGUUUGUGAUAAUACGCUGAUUAUCACCCCGGCGCACUUGAGCUAUGGAGUGGAUGCAGGGGAUGCUGCCAAGUUUCUUGCUUCAAAGGUCUAG